UUCUCGAGAAGCAGGAGGAAUAUCGCGUUUUUCAGAAUUUUGAAUGAGAAUUCAUUGAUUCUGCCUAAUUAUGGGUGCCAUAUAUAAAUUAAGAAGGCUAAGUUAAUCGUCGAAAUCACAAAUGGCUACGGAUUCGCUUCUAAAAACGAGCAAGCAAACUAAAUAUAUAUCGUAUAGAAAUAUCUUGUAUCAUAGGUUUUUCGUUGGCCUACUAUUGUUUAUUGUGCUAUCUUUAGUGUUUACAGUGUUGUUCAAUGUUUUUGCUGGUAGUUCGCCUCGGACAGACUUCCACGAACCGGUGAAUUUAGACGCGGCGAGUUCAACAGUGUUAGAGUUACGAACUGAUUUGCCAAAAGCGGUGUCCCGCCUUCAUAACUGCACUUACUGGGACUGUUUUAACGUGUACAGGUGUGGGAGAGGAGGCCACGAUAAGAUAACGAUAUACAUAUACCCAUUGAAGCAUUAUCAGACAGAGAAUGGGGGUCCUAUAUCACAGUUUUCUAAGGAGUUUUACAUUAUGUUAGAUACCAUAAGACACAGCAAGUACUACACGCCGGAUCCCGAGGAGGCGUGUUUGUUAGUCCCUAGCAUAGACACAUUGAACCAGAACAGCUUUUCAAAUGGAUAUGUAUCAAGAGCAUUACAGACGCUUGAAUACUGGAAUGAUGGAGAAAACCAUCUCAUAUUCAAUAUGCUGCCAGGGAAAGCUCCAAAUUACGAAUCAGUGGUCAACCUCAACACUGGCAAGGCCAUUAUAGCAGGAGGCAGCUUCGACACAUGGUCGUUUCGAUAUGGCUUCGACAUCUCAAUACCAGUAUACAGCCAUAUAGCAGAAAAAAUUGACAACACCCAGCCAAAACAAAAAAAUUACAUGAUCAUAUCAACACAACUAAACAUACCUCAGGACUCAUUAGAAGUCUUACAAAACAUUGCAUCGUCAUCAAACGAUUUGCUACUACUUGACAGAUGCAAAACUGAUUCCGGUGGAAUUGAUUAUACUAAACGUUGUGAGUACACGACAGGGAGGAUGUUUGACUAUCCAGAGAUAUUGAAAGAAGGAAUGUUUUGCUUAGUUAUACGUAGUGCAAGACUGACACAAGCAGUUCUAAUGGAUGUUUUAGCAUCCCAGUGUAUUCCCAUAGUGAUUGCAGACUCAGUGAUAAUGCCGUUUAAUUCUCACAUAGACUGGAAUAAACUAUCAUUGUUUGUGCCUGAAGACAAUGUGAAAAAUUUACUAAAGAUAGUGCAUUCAGUGAGCAAUGAAAGAAGAGGAGAGUUGUAUUGGCAGCUAAGAUGGGCUUACGAUAGAUAUUUUGCUAGUGUAGAAAAAAUUACCUUAACAACUUUAGAGAUUAUUAAUGAAAAGCUAUUUCCGUUAGCAGCUAGGAUGUACGAAGACUGGAAUAUGCCUGAACAUUUGUAUGGCCCCGUGAACCCUUUAUUCCUGCCGGUGACCGCGGCCAAGUCGCCAGGCUUCACCGCCGUCAUACUGACGUACGACCGAGUGGAGAGCCUGUUCGCGCUCGUCAAGAAGCUGGUCCGCACGCCGAGCCUCGCCAAGAUACUGGUUGUGUGGAACCACCAGAAGAAGCAGCCGCCGCCUUCAUCUGAGUGGCCAGUUAUCAACAAACCACUGAAAGUGAUACGAACCAAAGAGAACAAACUGUCGAAUAGAUUUUUUCCGUAUGAUGAGAUUGAGACUGAGUGUCAAUUGACCAUAGACGACGAUAUAGUCAUGCUGACUCCCGACGAGUUGGAAUUUGGUUUCGACGUGUGGCGCGAGUUCCCCGACCGCAUAGUGGGGUUUCCGUCCAGGCUGCACGUAUGGGACAACGUGACCAGCUCCUGGCGGUACCACAGCGAGUGGACCAACCAGAUAUCCAUGGUAUUAACAGGCGCAGCGUUCCAUCACAAGAUCUGGUCGUGGUACUACACGUACAAGAUGCCCGGCGAGAUCCGCCGCUGGGUGGACGAACACUUCAACUGUGAAGACAUCGCCAUGAACUUCCUCGUCGCUAAUGUCACGAGAAAGCCGCCCAUAAAGGUGACCCCUCGAAAGAAGUUCAAAUGUCCAGAGUGCACGAACACUGAGAUGCUAUCGGCAGACGCUCGCCACAUGUCGCAGCGGUCAGCGUGCGUUGACCGCUUCGCAGCGAUCUACGGCCGCAUGGCUCUCCAACCGGUGGAGUUCAGAGCCGACCCACUGCAGUACCGAGAGACUGGCGCCGGCGUGCCACAUCUAUACCCCGACAUCGGAGCGCUAUAGGUAUAUUCUUAACGCAAUGUGUCAACGCUCGGUGAUGUUGGCGAAAGUUUUAUUGUGGUAACCUUUUGGGCGCUCUAGUUUACAGAGUUGAUGAUGCAGAA